AUGAUUCAACCAAUUCAACAACUUCGAAUUAUUGCAGAACCGAAGGCAUUCUAUCGUGAGCGAUAUGGAAGUGAACUAAAUAAAUCUGAAAAUGUAGCUAAACGUUAUAUUCGUGCUGAAGAUAAAAAUCAGUUCAAGCUCGAAUAUCCAACUAUAGAGAUAUCAGGAGCAUGUUUUCUCCUUACUCACAAGAAGUUACUACAAAAGGAGCUCAGAUCACAUAGCCCUUUCCGCAUUAUCGACUCUAAUCAACGACAUAUUCCUUGUAUUGCGCAUAAACAGCGCAGCAAACAAUUAAUUAAAUUAUAUCAAUUGUGGAAAUCGCAACUUGUUUUCUCUUUAGCCAAACGCGUUGAUAAUAAUGUAUUUAAUAUAUUCCCUGGCACGUCGGUAUUAUCACAAGUGAUGAUGGAUGAAAUGAAUCAAAAAAGGCACGGAAUUACUGCUGCUUCAGCCGUCGCGACAAAUGAGCAAGAUGUAAAAUUUGCCACAUGUGCACCAGAAAUAGGUAAUUGGGCAGGUGGCGACAAUGUUUUGAUGGUUCUUACUAAACUCGACCGGAAAAAAGCACUUCAUAUAUAUUUUGAUUAUGUGGAAUUGAAUCAGAAAAAGAAUAUUCGAUACGAGUUCGUCGAUAUGAAGACGAUUGUCUUCCAGACACCAGCAUGUUUGAUGGUGCCUAAUGGCCAAAAUCGAACUGUUUCAAUCGUUGCCAUGCAAGAUGAAACGAUCAUUGCAAAAUUUAAUUUUCUGUAUCUGGCACCAAGCAUCCUGUCGACAACGAAUGUUUGCUCAUCAUGUCAUUCAAGUAAAUCUUCAGGUGUCGUCCGUUCGACCGCGAGCAACAAACGAUCUUGUUCAAGCUUCGAUGAUUUGUUCGUGGAACAGGAAUAUGAGUGGGAGCAGCUGCGUAACUCAAGGAUCUAG